AUGGACGGACUUUCCCUGGCUGACGCGUAUCUCCCACAGGUCGACUUCGAGGGCGUUGCCAAAGAAUGUAACAUCGUGAGUAAAGGAGCCGCGGCAAAGCGCUACGAGCGCAUGAUGAAAGCAAACGGCAUCGACCCAAACGGCGGCGGCCCACUCAGCAGCACUAACACUGGCACCACUGGCAAUUCUUCCUCUCUCCCCGCAACCCCUAAAACGCCCAAAAAGCCUGCCAAGGGAACUACGUCUACUACUGCUGGUGCUGGUCCUGCCACUGAAACCCCUACUCCCAAGGGAGAACACAGCAGCGGUGGUGGCUCAGGUAAAAAGCGCAAGUCGCCGACUUCUCUGGCUGCUCCUACUACUGCCGCGGCAGCAGGAGUGAAAGAAAAUCAGCAGAAAAAGUCUCGUGUCAAGAAGACUUCUACUACUUCUGCUGGUACUACAGCUACUAUUACUGCUGGUGCUGGUAUUAGCAUCAAGAAAAACGACACUAGCAAUGACAUCGCUACCCCGACCCCCGCGCCAAAGAAGCGUGGUGGUGGUGGUAGUAUUAGUGCCGCCACAGUCCGCUUUCAGAUGAUGGGCGAGGACAGCAAUGACAGCGACGAUGGUAGUAACGACGGCCUGAUGACUCCGGACGAGGACCUCCUGCCUCUUCUCGCUAGCGACAACAACAACAACGCAGACGCUGAGGCUCUCUUUAAGCAGUUCUGUCAUAGUCACGAUGACGAUGAGGAUGAGGAUAUGGACAAGGGCAAAGGCAAGGCCGAGUCUGUCGUCAAGACUGAGCCUAAGGCUGAGCCUGAGACUGCGAUGGAGCUGCAUUCGGAGAUGGAUUUGGAGGCUUGA